CACUGCCAAGCGGCGUUACCUCAAGUUGGCGUCGAAAAAGUUUUGUUAUCGGGAAUAUCAAACUCACAAAAAUUUUGUACAUUCAUUUGAGACUUGCUUGUGCGUGGCGUUAUCCGUUUAAAAACAAUGCCAUUCGCCAACAAGGAAACCGAGUCCAUAGCCGUUCGCCUCUCCAAUCGCUAUUGUAAUCUUUCGUCUCCAUUCUUGAAGGAUGUCAAAAAAAUGCGUCCGGCCAAAGCAUUCAAACGCAAGCCGCCUACCCAAAUGAAAUCAGAUGAGGAGGAGUACCGCAAUUUCGAGCGUGGUCUCCACAUUUCUGGCUUAGGCCCCGAGUUCAAUCAGACGGAGGAGCACCCUAAGCUUAAGUACGAGCUGGCAGAGGACUACAAGAGCUCCAAGCACUGCAUCUGCAUGCGCCCGAAUACCGCAUACGAGUGCGAACGAUGCCAUCAGUACUUCUAUGGUCGCCUCUUCCAGAUUUGUGAGCAGCAUCCCAGGGAUUUUUUCCUUAUGGACAAGCGCUCUUGUCCGUUCUGUAAUGCCCCCAUUGAGAUGAUUAAGAAGUCACCUAUCAGCUGGAAGACAAUACGUAAGAUUGAAGAAGCCGAAUUGCCCAGUGAUGGGGAUCUGUGAUUAGGAGUUUGAGACUCAGCCGCAUGUUACCCUAAAUACAUUGUUAAAUGUAGAACAUAGUGUUAAUAUUUUUAAUAUAUACCAUUCGGACUUCGGU